GCAAGUGAGAGAGAAUCAUCUCAUCAUCUCUUUUUUAAAUUUGUCGUGCCGCGGUUUUGCAAUUAUUCUGUUUUCGGCGACAUUUAUUCUAUGUGAUUUAGCUUUUAUUUCGAAUUUGAAAAAGUAUUGGGUAUUAUUUUAAAACAUCGGAAUGGAGUUAUCUGAUGAGAAUCUCAGAACCUUGUCAGACUAUCUUCAAAAAACACUCAACCCACAAAUUGAUAUCCGGAGACCAGCUGAAAAGUUUCUGGAGUCGGUUGAAGUGAACAAAAACUACCCCAUACUGCUUUUGCAUCUCAUAAACAAACCGGAAAUAGAUAUCACCAUCAGGAUAUCAGGAGCAGUAGCCUUCAAAAACUUUAUCAAACGCAAUUGGAGCCUGAAAAAUGGCGGCACAGACCGCAUCCACGGGGACGAUCGUCAGCUGAUCAAGGCGACCAUCCUUGACAUGAUGCUAUCGGCGCCGGAGAGCAUCCAACGGCAGCUGAGCGACGCCAUUGCCAUUAUCGGCAAACACGACUUCCCUGACCAGUGGACCAAUCUCAUCGACGAUAUGGUCAGCAAGUUCGCUUCAGGUGACUUCCAUAUCAUCAACGGUAUCCUGAGGACAGCGCACUCCAUUUUCAAGCGAUACCGGUUCGAAUUCAAGUCCCAAGCACUCUGGACGGAAAUCAAGUUUGUGCUUGAUAAGUUUGCUCAGCCUCUCACCGAAUUAUUCGAGGCUACUGUUCAGCUUACAGUGGCACACGCCAACAAUCCAGAGGCACUGAAAGUGAUAUACAGCUCUUUGAUGAUUAUCUGCAAAAUAUUCUACUCACUAAACUUCCAGGAUCUGCCUGAAUACUUCGAAGAUAACAUGAAAACAUGGAUGGUGCACUUCCGUAAUCUGCUCACUGUCGAUGUAAAGUGUCUUCAGACAGGGGAUGAUGAAGAACCAGGCAUAAUAGAACAGCUGAGGUCACAGGUUUGCUCUAACGUUUCCAUGUAUGCGCUGAAAUACGACGAGGAAUUUCAGUCGUUUCUGCCCGACUUUGUCACCGAUAUUUGGAACCUGUUGAUCUCCACGGGAAAGCAGCAUAAGUACGACUCGUUGGUGAGCAACGCUCUACAGUUUUUGGCAACAGUGGCUGAUCGAACCCAGUACCGGCAUCUUUUUGAACAACCCGAAGUUUUGAGCAGCAUUUGUGAGAAAGUUGUCAUACCUAAUAUGGAGUUCCGACCAUCUGACGAAGAGCUGUUUGAAGACAACCCUGAAGAGUACAUUCGUAGAGAUAUUGAAGGAUCUGACAUCGAUACGAGACGUAGGUCGGCAUGCGAUCUUGUCAAAGUUCUAUCCAAGUACUUUGAGGAGAAAAUGUUGUCUAUUUUUGGACAAUAUGUGCAGGCAAUGUUGCAGCAGUACGACGCCAACCCGGGCACAUGUUGGCGACAGAAGGAUGCGGCGCUCUACCUGGUGACGUCACUCACCAACAAGGGCCAGACGCAGAAGCAUGGCGUCACACAGGCCACAUCACUCGUCAAUCUGUCCGACUUCACUGCCCAACACAUUCUGCCCGAACUCAAUAAACCUGACGUGAACAGCAUUCCAGUAAUCAAAGCUGACGCCAUUAAGUAUUUGAUGAUGUUCCGUAGCGUUCUGCCUGGCAGUGUUGUGGUGGGAGCAUUGCCGCAGCUAGUUCGACAUUUGGCCGCCAGGUCGCAGGUGGUGCACACAUACGCGGCGGCCACAAUUGAGAAGGCACUGGUGCUGAGGGAUCCAGGGAACGGGGAGGCUGUGGUUAGUGCCGCUCUGCUCGGCCCGUUGGCCACCGACCUGCUCCAGGGACUGUUCAGCACUCUAGAAGGCAGUGGCAUCGAGAACGAGUAUGUCAUGAAAGCGAUAAUGCGCUCGUUCACCGUGCUCCAGGAGGCGGUGAUCCCUCUGCUGGGCGAAUUGCUUCCCAAACUGACCGAAAUGUUGAAGGCAGUGUCACGGAAUCCGAGCAAACCGCACUUCAACCACUACCUGUUCGAGACACUGGUGCUGUCGAUUCGCAUAGUUUGCAAGUCGACACCCGCCGCGUCGGUCAUGAAAGACUCCAGACCCCAGACUCAGAUUGACCAGGUGAAGGAAAGGCUCAAUGAAAAGGAACAGGUUUUCCUUCAAGAAGGAGGCAGAAAUGCCAUCCAUGCCUGGAGCAGACCCACCACGCAAGGCAUUCACAUGCCUGAUGAUGUCCAUUUCAGACACACUGCCUUCAGCCUAUCCUCUAAAGCAGCACCGACCGACGCACACAGACUAUCACGCAGGCGGUCUUCGAGUCUCGCAGCCAACCGGUUAAGAAAGUCAUCGCUCAGUAGAAGCUCUUCCAGCGUCUGCGCCAUGCGACCCUGCGUCUCCAUGGCAACGGAAAAGACGCUGUCAGUUUCAGUCAACGAUGAGCAGGAUGACGGCCGGCUGCCGAUCAUGUUAUCACUGCUAUUGGAACUUCACAACGAGUCAGGUGUACCGGAAGUGUAUACCGCUCUCUAUCCGUGUCUGCUGUCCCCUCUGCUGUGGGACAGACCGGGAAAUGUGCGCCCGCUAGUGCGUCUGCUGCUCGCAUUUGUGCGCAAAGCGUCCCCCAAUCAGAUGGACACUGUCUUCCCACUGAGUGGACUACUGGGAGUGUUUCAAAAACUAAUCGCUUCUAGAGCCAAUGAUCACGAAGGCUUCUAUUUGAUGCAGUGUCUCAUUGAACAAUGUCCAAGGUUUGUUUCUGUUUUAAUUUACUUCAAAUUAUGUUUGAACAGAAUGUUUCGCAUGAUCGUUGAAAGGCUGAUAAUUCCGGAUGCGCAGAAAAUUUCUGGAACCGUGGAAGUGAAGAUUGCAGCCGUCGGACUGACCAAGCUGCUAUGUGAGUCGACAGAGCUCAUCGAUGGUGCAUAUUCCGAAUACUGGAGCCAGUUGUUGAACGUAGUGAUAAGACUGUUCGAGCAGCCUGAGGAUGAUUCCCUUCACGCCGAUGACCACUUCAUCCAAGUUGACGACACGCCUGGCUACGAGGCCGCAUUCGCCCAGUUGGCUUAUGCCCCGAAGGGACAACAUGAUCCACUCUCCAGUAUAACAGACGCCCGCCUGAACCUAGCUCAGUCUCUGAGCAAACUGUCCUCAAUGUACCCCGGAAGACUGAACGGCAUGCUACAGCAAGGAUUAGGAGACGCUGAACGACAGUGUAUACUCAAGUACUUGCAAGCGGCCAAUGUGCAGAUCGCAUGAGGCUUUACAUGUGCCUCUACCAAUUCAUCGCAGAUCGCAGGAGGCUUUACAUGUGCCUCUACCAAUUCAUCGCAGAUCAAAGGAGGGUUUACAUGUACCUCUAACAAUUCAUCGCAGAUGGCAGAUGGACAUGUGGCUUUACCGACUUUCUGGUGAAUUGAAGACUUUGGAGAAUAAAAUGAGACUCAGUGGCUAGUGAAACUUUAUCACCUCAUUAAAAGUAAGUCUUUAAUAAAAUGUAAAAGCGAAUAAAAUGAAUAAUGAGGAGAAUAAAAUGAGACUCAGCGGCUAGUGAAACUUUAUCACCUCAUUAAAAGU